GUGAGCUCCAAACACUUGGAGUAACAGAAUAUUACAGAGAAAAUCAAACAAUUUCUUUAUAAGUUAAUAUUCUCCUAAUUAGGAACGCAUCACUGAGGUGUCCUCUUAGAUAGGAGUAACGGUUUACGCAAUUAAGUUAAUCACCACCAUGUAUUUGUUCAAAAUUGCACUCUUGGUGCUCGGCUUAGCCGCCGUGACGCUGCCAGCAACAGGUAAGCAGAUUCCUGAAUCUGGUGCCGACCAAAAAUAUCAGUUGUUCAAUAAACAACGAGCACAUGCCGGAAGACGUGCUAAUGAAGAUGUCGGCAGUGGACGUGUAAUCUCACAGGAUCUUAUUAAUAGGAUCGCUGCACUGAAGAAUCCCACUUCUACCACCACUUCGGUUAUUACAUCGACAACAUCUUUUGAACCAUCUACUCCCACAACAACAACUGUUACUCUUAUACCAACGGGAACAGCACCAAUAUCACCACCACCACCACCUCCGCCGCCACCACCACCACCACCACCUCCACCACCGCCACCACCAGCGAAUGAAGAACCAGGCCCCUCUCCACCCGCUACCCGAAAGCGUGUACGAGUUUACUCCAAUUUCAAUGAGGAUUUCGAAAAUGAAGAUGACGAUUUCGUCUUGGCAUUGCACCAACCCAAUAGGAAUUUCAUUGACAAUUACGAACAGGAGGAAGAAAGCGAAAAUGUCCAUGUUGCCGCCAUCGAAGAUGACUCCGCUGAGGAGGCAGGUCGCGCAGCACGUGCUCGCCCAUCGAAUUGGCGUCGCCGUCAGGCGCAACGUCGCCUACAACGUCAACGUCAACGCCAGCGAAAACUAAACAGACGUCGUCGCCAGGCUAUGGUUAAGGCACGUCGUCAACAACGCCGUCGUCAACAGCAACGCCAACAGGUUAAGAAGCAGCAGCGUCGUCAUCGUCGUGUCGGCAAAAAGUCGCGUCGCUCCCACAAACGUAGACGCAUUGUACGAGUAAAGGUUUAAAAAUCAGCCCUCGACAUGUAACACAACGGAUAAUGCAAGUGAAAUAAAGAAACAAACAAUUUGAAUAGUA